UGGUUGCUCACCUUCACCUCACCUCGUCCAGCGUGUGGCAACGCGCAAUUGUCCACUUAGCUGCUCGCCAUGACUUGUCCACAUUGUGGUGCACGUACUAAGCCGAUUGACAUCCCAGACUCCAGCGAGAAAGCUGAAGGUGAUGCUAAAAGGCCGUGUAUCUCUGAAUCGGAGAAGAACUUGUAUCAUCAAGGUCAUGGCUUUGCCAUAAAUCUCGAGGAUCUCCGGAAAAUCUUCCCCCACGACGUUUUUGAGCAAGCAACGGAAGUAGCCCGACGUAGACGCCCAAGGUCUGCGAAAGAAGUUAAAGAAAGCAACCGCGAGAUUGAGGCGUGUAUCGACCUGCCGUUACGGAGAGUUUUGAUGAAUAUCAGCGAAUACAAUAAAUAUUCCUCGCGAGGCCCAGGGUGCAGAGUCGCGGAAUUGUUCAAUCACGUUGGUCGCACAAUGUGCCAGGGGUAUGCCCCUUUGGGAACAUCACCACGACGAGGAUUCAGCUGUCGCUUCGGAUUCGGGUCGACAGGCAAGGGGAUGUCCGACCUCGAUCGUAGGCAAAAGCCGGACUUAGUCUUGGUCGAUCAGGACCUUGUGGACAGUGAGGAUGUAACCUGGAGAAAUGUACAUUGUCCAAUUGUAGUCGUCGAUGGUAUCUCUGGCCUGCAGUCAGGCACAGAUCGGCUCCUUGGCUUCGCCCAUCACAUUUUUAACAGCCAACCCCGAAACUUCGUCCUGGGCGUUGUGUUCCUUGGCACGCACUUCACACUAAAUUAUUUCGAUCGUUCUGGUCAUUAUUCUAGCAUACGAUAUCGUCUUAGGGAAGGAAAUGCCAUUGACUGGCUCCUUGCCGGCUUUUUCUUUGCGGACGAAUGGCAACUUGGUCAUGAUAAUUCCUUGGUACGGAAAGAUGGUGAAUUGUAUGUUCGUGUGAACGAGGAAGAGUACCUCGUCAAGGAAGAACUGGAUCACCAUACCCAAGUGUGGAACAUGUUCGGCGAGAAGUCUAUUAUUCGUGUUGUCGAGCGUGAUGGCAAGACGUACAUCAACAAGGACGUUUGGCUCGAUAAGUGGUCCAAUCGUGAUUAUCAAAAACAUCGUAACGAAGCUCAGAUGAUGGAACGGAUUUGUGGCCUAGAAAACGUCGCUCAACUCGUCAACUACUGCACCGUAAAGUAUCCUGCUCCUAACGGCAAUCCCGUCUCUUCACGGAGAUGCAGGGGAUGGCUUGAUGAUAUAGGGAUACCAUGGGGAUUAAUAGACGCAGCACAUCCCGAACUAAUCCAUCAUCAGUUGAUUAUAUCUCCCUACGGAGACAACAUAAGUACCUUCACGUCCUUGGAAGAGCUUGUUUCUGUCUUUCGUGACAUUACUCGAGCCAUCAAAGAAUUAGCAGGGAAGGGUAUGUACCACAGGGAUGUCAGUUAUGGAAACAUUGUCCUUGCGCAGAAGCCGGAUCAGCCAAGUGAAUUACGCACGGGUUAUCUCAUCGACUUCGGGCAGUGUGUAGUUAACCAGCCUGACCAUGGAAGUGAUCCCGCUGGAACUGCAAUCUUCAUGGCGUUGGACGUCCUUUUUGCGAGCAGUAUGGGUAUCAAGAUCGAGCACCAAGCGAUGUAUGACCUAGAGUCACUGCUCUAUCUUUUAUGCUGGCAUUGUACAGCAUCCCUUGGCCCGAAGACGCCUUACAAAUCCAGUAUGAAGGGAACUAUAUUGGACAGAUGGAGAGUGGAUGGUUCUUCGGGGUCGGAAAGAUGCAGCAGGUUAUUCCGCGUUAAGUAUACGGAUAUCAUCGACGACGAAGCCUUCGAAACGAACGUACUUGCCAACUUCCAGCCGUACUUCCACGACUUAAUACCGUGCGUCAGGGAGUUACGCAAACUCUUGUGCCAUCCAGUGUAUCGUUAUUCUCCGAAAGACAUCAUACCUCCUCAUAACUUCGAUGAGAUCCUGAACGAGGAACGUCAUGCCAUUUCAAAGUCUGUGCUCACGGAGCACCAUUAUAGCUUCGAUCCUGAUUGGGCUUGUUACGUUGGGGCGGAGAUAGACUAUGUGGUAGACCCGGCCCUGAAGAUUUUUGAAGACACCUUAGCUAUGAUUCGGCGAAAAGCAAGAAGAACUGAUGACCGUGAUGGAGAGACGAAGGAGGGCGUAGUGAAAGGUGUCGACGAGGAUGGUAGAAGUGCCUUUCCGUUGUCCAAUCCCACCGAAGCCGAAAGAAACAAGGAGGGUGCAAGGUCUGGAGUGCAGCAAUAUGCAGAACAGCGAGCGAAAAGAAAGCGUGACUCCGACCAAAGCUCAGUCGACUCUGGAUAUGUUUCGGGGUCACGAAUAUCCGCUGUGGAGACGAAACGGCGGAAAAUACGCGUAAAUUCAGCGAGGCUGGACGGAGGAGUUUGAGACCUUGCAUGAUGGGCGUUAUACCUUGCCUAAGGUGCUGGGCAACCAAGUCGACCGACACUCAUUGUAGAUUUCCAGCCAGUGACAGAAGCCGGAGUUCGUAUCUCGCUGUCAUUAUUUUUUCUUCUCUGCAAUUCAACAACCACAGCUGAUCCCUUGCAUGGAUUUCUAUUAUACAGUCAUUAACUGUUCCUUUGAACACCAACUUUAAAUUUGAUUGUAUUUUACUCUACACAAAAAAUUAGGAAAAAUUAAGCUGUAAUUAGGAAUUAAAUGGC